AUGGUCGGCUAUGUACCGACUACGGAGUGCCAACCUGUGCCAACGAACCCCAGAGAAACUGCUAUUCGAGGCUUCGUAGGCACGCAAAUCAAUCUCGAGCAGCCAUCAGAGCACCAGACCUUCGACGGGGUCCGUAACCCGGUGGGGCGGCGUGGUGACGGCAAUGCGACAAUUGAUGGCGACACAGCGCUGGGAACAAACGGUUUCCGUCUAAACGGACGUGGAGUAUGGCCGGUAAUUAGCGCUAGUGCGCGGUGCGGUCGCCUUGCCACUAUUUAUAAUGCGAGGUGUCAAAAAACCGAUGUGACCUUGGCGCCCCCGCGCGUCCGCCGUUACGUUCACCUCGGCUCAGGUGGGGCCCGCGAGGAUCAAAAUACGCCCUGCAGGCAGCCGAACAUGACACAAUUUGCCGAUGCCAUCACAUCAAGCGAUCCGCGCUCUAUGGUCAUAUCA